GCAGUUCGGUGUUGGUUCUCUUCAAGGGCAGGAGUAAUGCCGGGUGUUCUUAGUUGUAAUUCUCAGUGUGUUGGAUAUAGUACUGUUGGAAAGAUGGUAAGUCGUACUUAACAAUAUUUAUUUCUAUAUGAGUAGUUAAAACUUAAAAUAUUUUUGGGGGACCGUAGGCCUACAUUAACUUAAAGUGGGAGGUGCCCCUACUCAUUCCGCACCAGAAAAAUGUGGUUUAGUUAACAACAGUGUGAUAUUUAUAUGGCUGUCGGUUUGUAUUUGCGCAUUUAUUAAUUCGCAUAUGUUCAUCUAUCUAGGCACUUAGCGUAAUUUAAAAGUGUUAAACAGAUCGGUCCAUUUUAUAAGGCUUGUCUUCUCAACCAUAGUUAUCAUUAAUUUAACCAAUGAAUGAUCGUACGAAUUGUUUUCAUCAAUACACCGGUAACCUCCCAAAAGAACAAAAUGGUUUUCUUCCCAUUUAUGCGGAGGUUCAUGUCAGGGCGCCAGCUGGCUGUGUUCUGAGUGAGAGGUCACAACGUGACUUUCACGUGGCGAAAUCGCCGAUAUCUUAAACUUGUCUGUGCCAUGUGAUGUUUAAAACCGAGUGAUAUGAUAAAUAAAAUAUUGUUACAAGAAAAGUAAAAAAAGAAUAAUUAUUGUUAAACGCCAGCGAUACGAUGUUCGGGUUUACUUUUUUAGUGUCAUACACUGAACAGCCUACACAUACGCAAUUACCAACUUAUUUUAUCAGCUGUAAAUAGCUCUCGGUACUAUUUCUUUUUAUUUCUUCAUUAAAAUGUGGGUAGUUUGUAUAUAGUGCACUUAUGUCUUAUGUUAACUAUGCUAUAUUUUCAAAGCAAUUUUUAUCUUCAAUUACAUAAGCUAUACUAUAGUUAUUGCAAUAGGAGUGGGCAUACAACCGCUCAGGCCUUGGACUUGGAUGUAGUUUCGUAAGGUCUUAAAACAUUAAACCCCUCUUAAUCUUAUAACUUACGUAGUUUAAGUCUUAAGCCUAAGGAUAAGUUUGACUAAGUUGUUGGCCGGAUCAGUGUCGUCUAAGAAUCAGACUGAAAAUUUGAACCAACUCUAUGCAUACUGCUUAGCUCAUUUGUAAUGUGUGUGGGGUGGGGGGAGAAAUCAUUUAACAUUAAUAAAAGAUAUAUGAUACCCUUCAUAUACUUUCAAAUGGAAAUGAGGCUGUCUAUGCUGAUAUGGACGGAUCAGUGUCGUCUAAAAAGCAGACUGAAAAUUUGAACCAACUCUAUGCAUACUGCUUAGCUCAUUUGUAAUGGGUGUGGGGGGGGGGGAGAAAUCAUUUAACAUUAAUAAAAGAUAUAUGAUACCCUUCAUAUACUUUCAAAUGGAAAUGAGGCUGUCUAUGCUGAUCGAUGCCCAGUUCCAUAUUUACCGCGCCCAGGGGGUCGGAUUAAUUAUUCAAUAACCGAAUCUGGUCCCCGGGCCUUCGUUUGACGACCCCUGGUUUAAAUGUUAUGUGUCAAGGGCUACGUACUAUCUACUAUCUCAAUUUUUUUUAUACCGUCGUCGCCUGUGGGGAUUUGAUUAAUGGUGCGUGCUUUAUACUCUCUCUUUCAAUCAAGAAAACGUAUAAACCUAAAUAUGCACCACGCAUAGCUAUUCCUAGUGGCAUUAACAGGCUUUUAGGGCUAUGAAAAAGUUAAUGUAAUUUCAAUUUUAUAACAGCAAUGUAAUUAUAAUUUCUGGUAAGUUUUAUGAUUAUGUAACUGAUGGCACCUCUUUAUUAUUUACUUGCAGGCGUUUUUUAUGGAUCCUGAUUUGAUCAAUUUCAAUUCUGAUGAUGAUGUUACUGAUGUCGGGGACAUAGCUAGCAGAAUCUUUGGACCAUCCUCAACACCAUUGUCACAAGCGUCCCAGUCUAAUGAUAAUACUGACAGUGAUUGUGAACUGCCUGAUAAUGAACAUCCUGUUGACCUAAUAAAAUACUUGGAUAGCCCAGAAAUUGACAUUGAUCUGCCAAAAAUAAAAUGUGAAGGGGACUGUAAUGUGUGCACAGAGACCCCCAAUAAAUAUAACAAGUACAGAGUCUCAGCUCGACAAGAUCCAUUCAUGGGGAUGGGUGGCUCUCAGUCACAUUCUUCCACUAACUGUGGAACUCAUGCUGCCAUCACAGCUACUUCCCCUGUCCUGACUGCACUUGACUUUGAUUUUGACCCAUACAGUCAGCAGCAAAUAUUGCAGCAGCAGCGAUUCUGUGCUUGGGGUCAUAAGAAUGAUGAUGGAUUUGACCUAAUGCUCAACAAAAGCAGUAUAACUAGCCUUCUUGGAAUUUUGGAGGAUGAUAUUGAAGAGGUUACAUUUCCAGAUACACCUUCUCCAUCAAGUCGAUCAGGUACUUUAAUUCUCAGUUUUUAUGGUUGAUAUUUUAUUUUGGGUAUACUGAUUUUACUUUUUUAUUUUUUCACCAGCGUUGAUUUUGUAGACUUUUGUUUCACAAUAUCUUCCACUUCCUUUCAGGUGAUGAUAGUGAUGUUGAUAUUGAAACUGUGACGGAUGCACCACGUUCAGCUGACUCUUGUGGAUAUGUAACACAGGAUUCAUCACCAUCAAUGAGCCCAGCUGCAUCUCCAUCUCCAUUUAACACCCUGGCCAGUGUAAGCCUUCAGUCUGCUAUUUCCAAAUCAUCUUCAAUUUGCUUCGGCUCAGUUUCACCAUCAUCCAGCAGCAAGUCAUCAGGUGGAUUUACAUCUUAUGGAGUUUCAAGCUCUGCCUCGCUGGCUGAAAAUCUUAUGGCUGGACGUACUAGCCUCCAUGGCCAAAAGCGUAAAUUGGCUAAGGAAAAGAAAAUAGGAUCCAAAUCACCACAGCCUGUUUAUACUCACAUACUUUGCAACAGCAAUAGUGUCAACUUUCAUGACUAUGCCAUGAGCCCAGGUGCUUAUACCUUUCCUUCAACUUCAACAGAGACCGGCAGGCCAACUGUCAUGUCCAAGAGAAUUUACAAAAGAAAACAGCUAGCACUAGAUGCUUCUGAUAAGGAAAAGCAACACCAUCACAAUCAACUGGAAAGAAACCGUCGUCAAAAACUUGCAGAUUUAUUUGUUGACCUAAGAGAUGAAGUGCCCAAAAUUGCCAACCAGGCAAAGGCUUCAAAGGUUGUUAUUCUGAAUGAAUCAACAUUAUAUAUUCGUGAAUUGCAAAAAUUUCAUAAGCAACAGGAGGAUGACAUUUCAAAAGAACUCCAACGGAAGGAGAUGCUUAAGAAGCAAUUAAGACAUUUACAAUCCCAGAUUUCCAGAGGCGGAUUUAAAUAACUUGCAGUGUUGCCAAAUUGAACAGUUUAAUUCUAUGCAUUUGCAUUGUGAGUGGUGGGUGUGGAAUUUGUGCAAUGGAAAUAUAAUACAAGUUAUAAUUAUGAAUGGUUUGUAAGGACUUGUGCAAUGAUGAAUAUGGUUGUAAUAUAAAUGGAUUGUGAGGAUUGGUGCCAUGAUAAUGGAGUAAUGGUUAAGCGAAUGGUUUGUAAUGGAGUGGUUUUUUUGUUUUGUGAGCAAUGAGAUUUACAUGGUAUAAAGAAGUAGUGAAUCUUUGUAUGUAAAUGGAGAGAAGCCUGGAAUAUGUUUAAAGGCUUUUUCUCAUGUGUCACUGCCUUUCCCUUGUCACUUUCCGUUUUGUAUUUUAAAAAAAAAAAAACGGGUCCAAAUUGUAUAUGAUUAUUUAUCAUUACUUCAAUAAGGACGGUCUUGAUGAAUUUUAUGGUUUUUGGUUUUCCUUUUUUUUUUUUUUUCCUUCUUUCCUUGUUGAGCUCGGCUUCAACACAGCACUCAGUUUAGAAAGUGCACAUGUAGAUAACAGGUUUGCUAUAAAUUGUAUUCCAUUACAUGCUGCAAUUGAACCUCCUUAGAAGAAUCAGUUAUUUAACAAUUGUUUUGCAGCAUACUUUACUUAUGGUCAUUUGAUUAGCUAUAUAGUAAAUAUAUAUUAUAAUGUACAGUUACAGAGUUUGCAGUGUUUUAUAUAUAUUAAUAGUUCUCUAGGGUUUAUGUCUCCAGUGGACCACAGCCACUUUGUUUAUCUCAUUCAUGCGACAUUUCACAGAGAUAUUGUGGAUUUAAUGUUUUUCAAACCAUUAGUAAAUUCUGGGUGCUAACUGCCAUGUAAUGUGUUGCCCCCCAGUUUUUAUUUUUAUUUUACUACCCACGCUUGUCCAUUUCAUUUUCAUUGAUUGGUUAUUUUAAUCAUUUUUUGACGUUAAUUCACUGUUGAAGGUAAUUGAGGAGAUCUUAAAUCUAUACCAUGUGUUUUCAGGCAUUACCUUUAUUUUAAACUUUUGUACUUUUCAGCUUGGCACUGUUUCAGAAUAUUCAGAACUGUGUGUGUCAUUAAAUCCUGCCUAUUACUAUUGUAUUAUUAUUUAGUUUAACGGCAUUUACUUUCUGUAUACAUCUAAGGUUAUUUUUUUCAAUGUGUUCAUUUUUCCAGUUUAAUUAGUACUCUCUCUAUGUUGUACAGUAGAAUCACAUCAUAGAGGGGGGGUCUUGUUUAUUAUGGCACAUACACAAUCCUUUGGUUGAUCAAUCAUUUCCUGGACUGCAAAUGUAAAUUGAACAUUACUUCCUAUAUAAUGUUUUAGAUGCAAAGUCAUCUUCUAUUUAUAUUGUACUUCAUAUACUUUAAAAAUUUAAGAUCUCUACCAAAAUUAUUUAGUGGCAUGUCAUUGGCAUUGUAAGAUUGAGGGAGGGAGGUGAUACUGAAAACUGAGUUAAUUAUUAUUUUGAGUAAGAUGUUCAUUAUCUCUGCUGUCAUUAACUAUUAGCAGUGAAUUUUAUGUAAAUUUGUAUUAUUUGUAUAAAGUUAAAAAAUUAAAAUGUGUAUGACAGAAAAGUUGUCAUUCAUUUCUGUAAAUGAAAUAAAUUUUAUUUUAAGUUUAAGUCGCAUUUGAAAUGUUAGACUUUGUUCUAUAAAGCCCUUUUGAUUU